AUGCAGAGACAUUCAGAAGAACCUUUGCCACAACUCUCCCAAACUCGGAAAACUUCUUCAACACCUUCCAGCCUGAGAGAAAUUGGCCAUUACAAUGCACAGGAAUUCCAAUAUUGUCUUCCUUUGGCAAAAGUUAAAGUGUUCAAAACCGGAUACUUGGAACUAACAAGUGAUGACUUUAAACAAAUCAUCCAAGUGGCUUGCUCGAUCAACUUCAUCUGUUUCAAAAGUAAACUUCAAAUCCCACCACCUGCCGCUUUGGGAUUCGAUCCACGUCCCCAGCACUUUAUCUGGGUUUCGGGAUUAAAAGAGCAGCGGCAAGAACAGUUUCAGGUCGCCUGCCACUUCAAUGCACCACUGUGUUCGCUGGUCAACAUCGGUGUCCUGGGCUUGCUGCAGUGCUCCAGUCAGGCUCAGCGUGAGCUGGAAGAACAGAAUAAUAUUUUCUGCUUGGGAACCCCAAAGCCUUCAAUAUUGAGAUGGAAGUUGAAAACCAAAUAUUGCACCAAGAAAACUGCAGCAGCCGCUCUGGAAACAACAGGCACUCUGCUUUGUUUCAAAAAUAUUCCCACUUACUUCAGCGUUGUGGAAGACAAUGGAAGAUGGUCGUAUGUGACGAAGAGGGUGUGUAACCCAGCUCCAGGACAUCUCUGCAGGAUUUCCACAGCCCAGGACUAUAGAAAUGCAUGUGAGACAAUUUAUUUCACCGAAUGUGUUUCGGCCAAGGGUGAGUUUAUGGAAUGUUACUGCAAUGGAACGGAUGGGUUUGAGGAUUUAAAUAAUGUAUCAUUCUGUCAGAUUUUCCGACAGAGGUCUGCAUCAGGUGGAGACUCUGUACACUUGAAGAAGCCCAAUCGACUACACCAGACAGACAAUAAAAGCUGUCAGACUGUGUUACCUCCAAGUCGGACUCAGAGUAUCAACUCAGCGAUUGCAGCACAAAGGGACUGGUCAGUAAACGUGGAAAUGCAUCGGCCGAUUGAGCACAUUCAGAAAAUUUAUUAUCUGGUUCUUGCUGUUAUUGGUGUUCCUGUUAACCUACUAGGAAUUAUAAUCCUGUCUCGUGGAAAGUGUGGUCUCUCUGCAUGUACUACUCAAUACCUGGUGGCCAUGGCAACUGCAGAUCUUCUGGUCAUUAUCACUUCUGUCAUCUUGUGGCGAAUCAGUUAUUAUUAUUUCCCAGGAUCAUUCCUGGACAUCACCCCUUUGUGUAGUAUUAAUUCUGCCCUGGUGUCUGCAGCAACAGAUUGCUCUGUCUGGUUCACUGUCACAUUUUCCUCUGAUCGAUUUGUGGCAAUUUGUUGCCAGAAACUGAAAUCAAAAUACUGCACUGCGAGAAAUGCAGCUGUGGUUCUAGCAGUAACAUCUACCCUGCUCUGCUUCAAAAAUGUCCCCUGGUACUUUACGUACGAAAGCAUGGUGAUAAUCGACAAUGUGCCAUGGUUCUGUGCUGCAAAAGCCAGCUAUUAUAACGAUCCUGGAUGGGUGGGAUUUGAUUGGUUUGUUACAGUUUUAACCCCUUUGCUCCCAUUCGCUUUAUUUCUGUUGCUCAAUGCUCUGACGGUCAGGCACAUUUUACUGGCCAGUCAGAUCCGGAAGAGACUGCGGGGUCAGAGCAAAGGAGAGAGUAGCAGUGACCCAGAGAUGGAGAGCCGAAGGAAAUCUAUGAUUUUACUCUUCACCAUAUCCGGCAGUUUCAUCCUCCUGUGGUCUGUGCAUGUCAUAGAAUUCUUAUAUUAUACCAUUUUAGGAAUCGAUCCCCAGAGGGAUUACAAUGAAUCGGAAUAUAUCUUUAAGCAAGUCGGAUGGAUGAUGCGAGAUUUAAGUUGCUGCACAAACACUUUUAUUUAUGGGGUCACUCAAUCGAAGUUCAGAGACCAGGUAAAGUGUGUGCUGAAAUAUCCAGUUAUGUCAAUAUUUCAUCUCAUUAAUAAAGAAAAAAAGUGAGAACUGAAUAUG